AUUCCAUGUAAAAUAUUCGAAGAUGAGAUGAUUUUCACUCACCAUGAAUAGGAUCUCAAUAAUCUAGAGAAAUCUGCAAAAAUCCAACAAGAACGUCAUUCUUGGUCGAAAUCACAAGCACUUAUUCAGAGCUAGCGAACUGCCAAUUUCAAAGGUGCCAAAGCUUGGUGCCGACUUACACCCUUAAAAGCACACACGGGAUCCGGCAUUAGAGAGAAUAGUUUAGGAUCCUUGACUCACCCCAAGAUGGCCGCAUACAACCUGGCUUGUAGAGAUGGGUACAAGUACCCUGGCCAUGAAACAUAUGUUGUCGACAUCCUUCCCGUCGCCGCUGGACUUGCAACAACAGCUUCGGAUCAAACCCUCAAUCUCUUCGACCCCCUUCGACUAAGCCAGGGACCGACCAGCAAGAUCACGACAGACCAAGGGAAUCUGACCGCCGCAAAGGCUUACAGCGUGGCUGACUCCGUCAUAUGCACAACGGGCGAGAAUGGCACCGUGUCAGUUUGGGACUUGCGGCAGGAACCGGCAAGAGCUCGGGCGAUGCAAAUAGGGGGAGGAAACUGUCCGUCAUUACUAUCACUGGCAUGUUCAAAUGAGACGAACACUAUCGCCGCUGGCACUGAGCUAGCAAACCAUCAAGCUUCCAUCCUCAUCUGGGACGUGCGCUCCCCGUCAUCUCCUAGAAUACAAUACAAUGAAGUCCAUUCAGACGACAUCACCGAGCUCUCAUACAACCCAACCAACCCAUCCCUUCUCCUUUCCGGCUCCACCGACGGGCUGGUGUCGGUGUCAGACACGCGCGUAGCCGACGAGGACGAGGUCGUGGUGCAGACCUUCAACCACGGCUCGGUGCACCGCGCCGGCUUCCUCAACGCCACCGAGGUGUACGCCGCCUCGCACGACGAAAAGUUUGCCUUAUACGACAUGGCCGAAGACGCGGUCACGGGCGCCGCCACGCUCGAUCUCGGUGACAUCAGGGACCGUCUUGGUUGCCGAUACCUUGCCGGCGUGACGGCUAAGAUGGAUGGUGCUGGGGCUGUGCUUGGCGUUGGGUUGCCUGAGAUGGAGAUGUUCAAGUUGGUUCACUUGGCCAAGGGUGCUGCUGGGUGGGAGGUGGAUGGGACGGCGGUUGUUCAGUUGCCCGGAGCUCAUGCGUCGGAGUUGGUGCGGAGUUUCUGCUUCUUUGACGAGGCGCAGACGGUGUUUACUGCUGGAGAGGACGGGUGUGUCAAGGCUUGGGGUGUUAGUGGCUAGGCUUGAAGAAGCCGCGGAUUAGGGGUUACUGAUAUGAGCACUUCGAAACCAAGGGUAGUCUACACCGUUGUGUAAAAGAACCCCAAAUCGGCGACAACGUGUCACAGUAGAUAUAUUAUAGCCUUGGUCAACGUGUCUCGCCGCACUCGACCC